AUGUCCACCCCAAUCGCCCUGACGCUAACGCUCUCCCCAGACAAUCCGUCGAACACGACCAUUUUUGACCCAGAUAACAAGGUGCUCUACACCGUGCACACCACACAUGAUAAGGAGACCGUUACGCACGUCAAGAACGCGGAGGACAAAGAGCUCGCGUCCCUCGAGUGGCAUGACGUUCUUCCCGACAAAGUCUCCGUCGGGAACAAGACGCCGACCUCCCUGCGCGACUGGCUCCAUACGAGCCUCGUGCCGUUCUACCUGAAGGAUGAUGCAUCGUUCAAGGACGAUUCUGGGCGUAAGUACAAGUGGCGCGGUAAUUCUCCCGGUCAUUCCCUCGAGCUCUUCGCGGAGGACGACGGCUACAAGGAGCCCAUCGCGCGGUCCAUCCGCUCCCUCAGGGCCCGAGACGGCGGGCUGCAGCAACCCACGCAGCUCCUGCUGACCGAGCGCGCGGUGCAGGUCCGCGAUGUAGUCGUCAUCUCGUUCCUCUUCCUCGAGAAAGGGCGGCGCGUGAACGAGAAGACGUCUCAGAAUAUGGCGGACGUUAUGGCCGCCCCACCUCUUUCAGCCAUGACGGGCUAUGACUAUAACGUGAGGGAUGGUGGUGUCGGUCAUUGA